AUGGAAAUCCGAGGCGCUGACGAACGGGCACAGGGAGCGGCCGCGUUCACACGCGCCGAUCUCGAACUUAAGGAAGCUGCGGAGGAUCAUCGUGGUCUUUUGGCGGAAAAGUGGGCCACCUAUGCGUUAAGAAAAGGCUAUCCGGAAGGUGAAGAGCGUACAAAGUGGAUAACGGAAACAUGGGAGGCAUUCGAGGAGCGAAAAGAGGCUCAAAAACUGUAUCUUGAGCGCCAUGAUUUGCGCUCCCAGUACAACGUUGCGCAGCUUUCUGAGGCCCAACGAUUGUCCGAGCAAAAAAGUGCUGCUUUUGUAGAGAUGAUGAUGAUGCAUGAAACCGCACGAAAAAGUGCAUUACUACAACCUCGGCACUUCCUCUUUGUCGACUAUUACGACUAUCAGCAAUUUUUGUUUCGAAAUCAGCGUUCCUUUGUGGAAGAUGAGGAAAAACUCCUUCGCUGCAAACUUUUCGAGACAGAGGAUGAUUUAAUGUGCUUGCUGGUGACGCAAUGGCACUUGAGUAGCCACCUUCAUGCAGCGCGGGAGAAGGAGCGUGUAGAACAGGAGGCUGCUGCUGAGCGACUCCGGGAGUUCCAGUACCGGCAGAAAUUGGAAGAAGAAAGGCUGCGCGAGGAACAGCAGAUUGCACAAGAAAAAGAAGCGGCACGAGCCGAAAAAGAGCAGGCAGAGCUUGAGAAGCGUCGCGAGCGCAAGAGGCGAGAUGAAGAGCGGCGUGCGAAAGUGCGAGCUGAACGUGAGCAGCGAAGAGCUCAGGAAUGA